GCCCUGGUUAUAGAUCCCGACCCAAAGCGUAUUUAUCAGUGGAACCGACGGCGAAGGAGCCGGAACUGGGCGAAGCGGCAGUAGCAGCUGCCUUCCACUACAAUCCAGGAUGUCGGACAUUUACUACUGCAGUAAUAGCCAGAUGAAAAAGUCCCGCGAUGCGGACAAAACUUCAUCCCCGGGGUCACAGGCACAUACCAAUGCGAAUGCGGCAUGCAACAUAGCCGCAGCGACGGCAACGGCGGCUGCAGUGGCAGCAGCUGAUAAAAAGAACAACAACAACAAUUGCAGCAAUCGCAACAAAGACAAAUCCAAUUUGCAGACAAAUGGAGGAGGAGGAGGCAAAAAUUGGAAGGGCAUCGUCCACAGCAAUCCAAAUCCCAAUGGCAAUGGAGGAAGCGGCAACGGCGGCUCCACAGCCCUGCCCCCGAAGGUCUUUCACAAUACUCGCUGUACGCGGCACCACAAGCCCCAUCACAGCCACACCAAUGGAGGAGGAUCAGCAGUAGGGGCGGGAGCAGGUUCCGCAACGAAUGGCUUGGACAUCGCCCAACAAAGAGAGCGAGAACGGGAACGGGAAAGGGAUCGCGACAGGGAGCGAGAGCGGGAGAGGGAGCGCGAGCGGGAGCGGGAACACCAUCUGCAUAUGCACAACCAUGCCCAUGGUCUGAGAAGAAAAUCGGAGUCUGUUCUGUCCACGGAUUCGGAUAUACGCUUCACCCGCCGCAAGCUGGGAGACGGUCAGAAAUGCGGCUGCGCUGUGAUCGCCGGCUUCCUUAUAGCCCUGCUCGUGGCCGGCGCAUUUGUAUAUGUGGGAUACACCUAUUUUCGUCCAGAGCCGCUGCCGGAUCGCGUCUUUCGAGGCCGUUUCAUGGUGCUCAACGACAAGUGGAGCAUGGAUCUGGCCAAUCAGAACUCCCUGCGCUUCCAGCACAAGUCCAGGGACUACAGGGAGAGGAUCAAUCUCACCUUAAGGCGUUCGGAUCUGCGGGAGGCCUACGAGGGCAGCGAGAUCUUGGCCCUAGAUGGAAGCGAGGAUAAUAACAACAUCAUCGUGCACUUCAACAUGAUCUUUGAUCCGUACGCGGGUCUGGUCAGCAGCGGUGAGCUCCUGGCGCUCUUCCAUGAAGAGAUGAGCGACCAUCAGCGUCGGCACUUUGCCAAUAUGACCGUGGAUGUGUCCAGUCUGAGCAUCAAGGAGACCACGGGCCUGAUUGAGGAGCCCAUCAUGUCCAGCUCGCCGCUGGGCGGGCACGAUGAAACCACCGAGCCGGUUGUGACCACCACACCGGCGCCACCGCGUCGCUGUGAGCCCAUCCAGCUGAGUUAUUGCCGCCAGUUGGGCUACAACGUGACCACGUAUCCCAAUCUACUGGGCCAUGCCAGCUACGAGCAGGUGGCCGAAGAUUUGAUCGUCUUCCGGGAGCUCGUGGAUGGGGAAUGCUAUCGCGAAGCCUACGACUUUGUGUGCCGCCUGCUCCAGCCGCCCUGCGAUACCCACGGCUCGAGCAUGCAGCCAACGCCCGGCCAUAUAUGCCGCGAGUACUGUGAAUCCUUCAUGGCCGGCUGUGGCAGUCGAUUGCCCCAGCGUUUCCGUCAGUACUUCGACUGCGAACGCUUCCCGGAGUCGACGGGCACGCAGUCCUGCCAGCAGAAGCCGCACUGUGUCAGCGAUAUGCAGAGCAAUGUGCAGAGUCCACGGCUCUGUGACGGGUAUGCGGACUGUCCGGAUCUAUCCGACGAGCGCAGCUGCGCCUUCUGCUCCCCCAAUGCCCUAUACUGUGGCAGGGGCCGGGCAUGUGUGCCUCGGAAGGCGCGAUGCGAUGGAAAGGCGGAUUGCCCUGAUGGAGCGGAUGAGAAGGAUUGCCUUUCCAUUGCUCCCCUGGCCGCGGAUCUGCUGCAGCCUGAGCCCCUGGUUCCCUAUUUGUCGCGCUUCCAUGCCGCUGGCUAUGCCGUGUUUUCGGAAAAGGGCGUGGUGGGCAAGCUGUGUGCCGAGGGACUCGAGGGCGAUGCCAAGUUGGUGGUGCGCCAGACCGUCUCCGAGUCACUAUGCAAGUCAUUGGGCUACGAAUCUGUGGAAAUCUUCGACGUGCAAAACGAUACAGAACAGCUGACGGACUACGUGCGGGUCCUGGAUCCCCAUGCGCCGGAAAUCAGCUUCAUCCGGACGCACUGUCCCCGGCGACAAGUGUUGUAUGUGGGCUGCGGCGACCUGAGAUGCGGCGUUCAGUCGGCGCUCUUCAAUGCCAAGCAACAUCUGUCGCUGCCCAAGAUGUCGGCCCCUGGGGACUGGCCCUGGUUGGUGGCUCUCUUCCGUGAGGACAUCCAUGUGUGCGAUGGCACGCUCAUAUCGCAGGAUUGGGUCCUCACCACGGAGGGCUGUUUUCAGGGUCAGCCCCGGGCCACCUGGAUGGCCAUUGUGGGUGCGGUGCGGCUCUCCGCCAAGGCCCCGUGGACGCAGAGGCGACGCAUUAUUGGGAUGAUUAAGAGUCCCGUCGAGGGCUCCACAGCGGCGCUGGUGCGGCUAGAGACUCCGGUUAGCUUCUCGGAUCAUGUGCGUCCCAUCUGUCUGCCCGAUGCACUGCAGCGAAGACACCUUGCUGCACCCGCCGUCCAGAGGCGUGCCUAUGUACCAGUGGCCGAGCGCCUGGAGGGGCAACAGCCGGUGGUUCAAGUCCAGCGCAGUCCGCUGGCCCAGGAAACGCAACAGUUCUUCCUGAUACCCUCCCAGGAGCAAAUGGAGGGCUCCGGAAGUACAGAGGAAGCCCCGGAGGAUGAGGCCGGGGAGGAAGAGGAUCAUUAUUCACAGCAGGCGGAAGCGGCAGCCUCGUACAUGCCCAGGGCAGAGGCACUGCACCAGGAGCUGGAUUCCUAUCCCCUGCCUGACCAUGCCCCGCAGGUCAACUAUUACGGCGGCAGUUCUUCCUCCUCCGCCGCCUACUCCUCCUCCACCACCCGCUCAGCCACAAAGCCAACUGCAGCUGGAGCCCAGCCCGUCCAGUCAGCAGCGCAGGAGCAGAUCUGGACAAACUGCAACACGCUGGGCUGGUCCCGGCAGCGGGAUCACCUGCAGCGCGUCCAGCUGAAGAUCGGUGACAUGGCGCCCUGCGAGAAUGUGUCCAUAGCCACGGUCAACUCCAUGUGCAUGGAGGCCACCUACCAGAAGUACGAUUGCACGCAAGAGGAGUACUCUGGAGCGCCCGUCCAGUGCCUAAUACCAGGCACCAAUCAGUGGGCCCUCAUCGGCGUCUCCUCCUGGCGCAUCGCAUGCGGUCCCACAGGUGUCGAGAGACCGCGUAUGUACGACAAGAUCGCCUCGAAUGCCGCCUGGAUACGGGAGACGGUGAAUGCGGUGUAGCAGCCCGAAAA